AGUUCCAAAGUCAUUUUUGGUUCAAAAAGUCAGUCUCCUUGCUUUCUACCAACAGAUCACAGGCUGGCUGGGUUUUUGGUGUUUCUCAGUGUGGUUUCCUGGCCCAGUGCCAGGUUCAUCCUGUGACUCCUUCCCUCAUUGAGGGGAGGGAUUACAAUGGCCACCAGGAGAAUAAAAGCAGGAGCUCAGGCACUCAGCUCCAAAGCGAGUUCCUUCCUCACUGCCACACCUCAGUCACCAGCCCACAGCCGCCGCUGCACCAUGAAGCUGCUGACAGUCCUCAUGCUGAUCGCCCUGCCCGUCUCCUGCUUUGCAGGUUCUGGCUGCCCGCUCUUUGAGAAAAUGAUAGAUAACCUAGCGUCUUCUGAAGUGGGCGUUGAUCAAUUCGUCGAAGAUUUUCAAGAGUUCGUAGAUGAUGAAGACACUGCAAACGCACUAAAGGAAAUGAAGCAAUCUUUUCUUGACCAGGAUUAUAAAACCCUGGAAAACUUCCAAAUGGUUCAGCAAAUAAAAUAUAACGGUGUCUGGUGUGCUGAAUAUUAAAUUUCCACAACCGUACGGCUCAGAGGACUAUAGACAAUGAUCACAACGGAGAGUCUAUUGGUAGAAACCACAACUUAUGUUUCUGUUUUUUGUCUUUUGAUCUGAAAACGCCAAGACAAUUGUUGAAACCUCAAAUACAUUUUCAUUUCAAUAAAGUAUCUGCAAACCUAA